AUGAAAUUAUUAUUCUUUCUUCGCUUACAGAUCAUUACAAAAGAGCUCAUGAACAAGGCUCCUCGCCAAAAACGAGCUGAAAUUCAGCGCUUGACUAGUAUCUCCAAUCUCCGGACCAAACAACUUAGCCAUUCUGUUGGUAAACGAGGCCACGAAGAACCUGAUCGUAUUGAACAUUUUGAUCUUGAACUUCGACCGAGCAAAUUACACGAUCUUAAAGUUGGCGAGUUCAUUAGUGGAGGCGACAGUAUGGUAGCGGGUUUUCUCGAUGCCAUAGCUAAAGUACGCCAAUUUAAAUUUCAUAAUGAUGACGAUAUCUACGAUCGAUUAUCCAGACGAUUCUCUGUCGUAUUACUUAUGUUAUUUACUGUUGUCGUAUCUACGAAACAAUACGUUGGUGAUCCAAUUGCUUGUUUUGCUCCUGCACAAUUCACCGGUUCUCAUGUUGAAUAUGCCAAUUAUAUCUGCUGGAUAUCCAAUACUUACUAUGUUCCCUUCGAGAGCUCACUACCUGCCAGACAUGAUGAACGUCCAAAACACAUUGCUUAUUAUCAAUGGAUCCCAUUUAUUUUACUUCUUAUGUCAGUGCUCUUCUACAUUCCUUCCGUUCUAUGGCAUGCGCUUGCCACAAAAACAGGUUUUGAUAUAGCGAAUCUUGUUAAAACAUUACAUAAUAUGGAACAAUUAAAUCCCGAUAUACGAGAUCGUACACUCAGAUAUAUAGCUAAACAUAUUGAUCGUGCUCUUGAAAUUCAACGUGAAAUGGGCACAGGAUUUUUUUCCCAAUUUAAACGCAUAAUACGUCGUCAUUGUCCAGUUUUUAUUAUUGGUCGUGCUCAAGGAAAUUAUCUAACUUUUGUCUAUUUAUUUGUCAAAUUAUUGUAUAUUACAAAUGUUAUUGGACAGUUAUUUUUACUGAAUAUCUUUAUGGGUUCAAAUUAUCAUGGAUAUGGUAUUGAAGUUUUACGAAAUUUGUUAUCAGGUCGUGAAUGUUGUCGUUCAGCACGAUUUCCUCGAGUAACAAUGUGUGACUUCGAAAUUCGUACGAUGGCUGAUCAUAUACAUAAACAUACGAUACAAUGCGUGCUUCCCGUGAAUUUAUUUAAUGAAAAAAUCUUUAUAUUCAUAUGGUUUUGGCUUGUCCUUGUUUCUAUCUUAUCUUCAUAUGGUUUUUUAAUGUGUAUAUGGCAACAAAUCUUACCAUUUAAUCGUGAACAUUUUCUUAAAAAAUAUCUUAAAAUAAUGAAUCGUAUAACACGUGAAACAUUUGAUAGAAAACUAUUUAUUACAUUUUCAAACAAAUAUUUAAGACAUGAUGGUGUACUUGUUUUACGUCUCGUUGCAAUGAAUACAAAUGAUGUUGUUAUGGGAGAAAUUAUGGUUGCAUUAUGGGAUGCAUUUAAACGAGCACAAGAUACUGAUGGUGGGAUAUUUGUUACUCAAUGUAAAGCUAAUUUACCUGUUGUUGGACCAUGUGGAUGUUGUCCUUUAAUCGGUGGUCAUUGUAUUUUUUAUGAAACUAUUGAUGGUGUUGCUGCUACAUGGCAUGUUUGUGUACCUGAACAUCUUAAAAAAACAUUUUCACUUGAACAAUGUAAACCGAAAAUACAUAUGAGUAGUAAUUUUACACGUAUUUGUCGUACAAAAAAUAUAACACUUCGUUUAUUUCCUCAAUGUGCAACAAAUGCUACAUGUUUCUUACCAAUUCCACCAAGAUCUUAUGUUUUUCGAUGUGAUACAUCAAUGGGUGUCACAGGUACAUGUAAAAAAUCAAUCAAACGUUUUACUUAUGAUUCGCAACAACGUAAAUGUGUUCCAUUUACAUAUACAGGUUGUGGUGGAACAACAAACCGAUUUAAUCGAUUAGAGCAAUGUGAAAAAUCAUGUAUAAAAUCAAAUAAAACUUUAAUUUGA